CCCAGCACGGCAGCCCGGAGGGCGCUCCAGCGAGGAGGGAAAAGGUGUGUUCGCAGCCAGCCAGUCGGAGGAGUGACACAGACCCGAUUGGGAAAUCCCUGGACAACGGAGAUAUAAAUUCCUGCCCGUCUGCUGAGCUUCCACUGAAGGUGAUAGGCCUGGCAGCCCUCCCUGGGGAGAAGCACCAGGUGAAGGAUGCGGAGCUGCAGGGUAUGGGGUGCUGGACCUGAGGGCUCCACUUCCUGUGUCCUCCAGAAGUUUUUGGGGGCGGUGUUCAUCUUGUGCAUGUUGGUAACCGGUGUUUCUGCCUUCGUCAUUCAGCCGGAGGAACGCACAGUGGCUGCAGGAAACUGCCAAUUUCGUGGCAAGCAUGUCAAAACCAGAGUCAUGUUGGAAGGGGAGCCUGUGGCCAUAAGGUGUCCCCAGCUGCUGUACUGGGACGAUGCCAGCGCCCACAUCAACAUGACGUGGAGGAAAAACGAGUCCGCUGUGACAGUCCCGGGGGAAGAAGAGGCGCGAGUGUGGGUCCAGGACGGUGUCCUCUGGAUUGUGCCGGCCUUGCGGGGGGACUCCGGCACCUACACCUGCACUCUCAGAAAUGCCUCUUACUGUGAUGAAAUGUCCGUGGAGCUCAGAGUUCUUGAGAAGACGGAGGUUUCCCGGCCCCUCAUCUCCUACCCGCAGGUCCUGCCCCUGUCAUCCUCUGGGAUGCUGGUUUGCCCUGAUCUGAGUGAAUUCAUCCGAAACAAAACUGACGUGAAGAUUCAAUGGUACAAGGAUUCCGUCCCGUUGGAACAAGACAACAAGAAGUUUGUAAGUGUGAAGGUAACUUCGUUACUCAUGAACAGUGUGUCUGAGGAGGAUGCGGGCUAUUACAGCUGUGCCAUGACGUUCGCCCACGGAGGCAAGCAAUACAGCAUCACCAGGAACAUCAAAGUCCGCGUCAACAAAAGAGAAGAGGCAAUUCCUGUGAUCAUCUCCCCACAAGAGACCAUAUCGGCUUCGCUGGGGUCGAGACUGACAAUCCCGUGCGUGGUGUUUCUGGGGGCCGGCAUCCCCGUGACCACCAUGCUGUGGUGGAUGGCCAACAGCACCCAAGUCAAGGACGCCUACCAGGGGGGCCGUGUGACCGAGGGGCCGCGCAAGGAGUACUCACAGAAUAAUGAGAACUACAUUGAAGUGCCACUGAUUUUUGACCCAGUCAUCAGAGAGGAUUUGCACACCAAUUUUAAAUGUGUUGUCUCUAAUACAGCGCAUUUCCAGAUGCUACGCACCACAGUCAAAGAAGCUGCCACGUUCUCCUGGGGAAUUGCGCUGGCCCCCCUGUCCCUCAUAUUCUUGGUUUUGGGGGGAAUAUGGAUACACAGACGGUGUAAGCACAGAACAAGAAAAGCCUGUGGUUUGUUGGAGUUAAAGACUGGCCAUCAAGAAUCCGCUCCAUGUAAAGUAAAGGAAAUAAAAUAGUUCAAAUCAAACAGUAACAAUAAACAAUAUCAUUUCGUACAGAA